AUGGAGCUGGCCUUUACGGGUGGCUUCGCAUGGGCUACAUGGCAGGUCCUUGGGAGGCUGCAGAAGCAUGUGUCCAAGAUCGAGAAGAAUAUUGACGACGGGCGUCUGCUCGGCGACUGGAACCGCGAAUGCAAGGCACAGGUGGCCAACAAGCAGCGCGCCUCAGCGGCUAUGGGUCAGGGCGCCGCUGCCAGCAGCCACGACCACAUCUUUGAGGAAUGGAGAAACAAGAAGUUGAAGCCCGCACAAAUCACGCAGCUCGCGACCGACCUGGCGGAGUUGGCCCAGUGGGCUGGUGCGGGCAGCUGGGUUCCGGAGCUGCGAACGGAUGAGCCUGUACGGCCCUGGACCGAGUACGGCUCGGCGGGCAAGGUGCACCUGCUGCAGGCUGCCGAUGCUUUGGAGUUCAAUUUCGCGGACGUAGUGAAGCAGCAGGCUGAGGACCUGGCUAGGAACUGGCUGUGGCAGGUAACGGAGGCCCUUCCUGCUUUGUCAGCUGAACCGGUGCGGUCAGCCGGGCCUUCGGAGCGCCUGGGAGAUCUGAAGACUCGGCUGGCGGCGGCGGAGGUGGCUGUACGGGCCGCAUUCGACGCCGAACGCCGUACGCAGGCGGGGGGUCUAAAAUUGCUGGUGCAGCCGCUGGCGGUGGCAGCCUGCCUGAGGAAGAUUCAGAUGCUCAAGGUGUUGUUGGAGGACGUGGGCUUGACGGGCGCGGCUUCCGCCGCCGCCGCGGAGCGCAUCCGUACGGAGCUCAAGGCGCCGCUGACGCUGUCGGCGGCGGAUUCGACGGUGGCGGCGCAGAAGGACGCCGCGGCGGCGGCGGUGGCGGCGGAGGCUGACGCGGCGGUGGCGGCGGAGCGGGCGACGCGGAUGGCGGAGAUUGAUGACGCGACGGCGGCGACUUACCGUCGGGUGCUGACGCUGCAGGCUGCUUCUCCCUCCCACUGGCACGCGAGCUCCUCCACCCCCGCCCUGCACCGUCUGGGCCUCCUGGCGGCCCUCAUGGCCGAGAUGGCCUGCUGUGACGCAGCCGGCACAAAGUCGGGGGCAGCGGCGGCGGCGGCCUUGGUGGAUGCCAUCCGGAAGCUCACGCCACAGAUGAGGGUCAAGCUCAGCGAGGAGGAGAAGUCGAAGGAGACGGAGCUGCUGGCGGCGCUGACGCCGGCGCCGCCAGCGGCGGAGGCGGUGGCGGAGGCGGCUGACGUCAGCAAGGAGGAUGGUGAAGUGGAGGCCCACAGCGAGGCUGAUGGUGAGGCGGAGGCGGCGGAGCCGUCCUCGCCGCCCUCGCCUCCGCCUGCAAGGCCGUCGCCCGGCGCCGCUGCGGUUCAGCUCCGCGAGCUGUUGGAGGGCGCCAUUCGUGCUGAGCUGGCUCAGAGGCGGGCGGAGAGGAAGGCGGCCAGGGCCGCAGCUCGACAAGCAGCGAAGGCCGAGGCCAAGGCCGCUGCGGCCGCUGCUGCUGCUGCUGCGGAAGCCGAGGCCAAGGCGGCUGCCGAGCAGCCGGCGGGUGAAUUACCCGAGGCCUCAGCACCGGCAGAGGCUGCAGCAGAUCCCGCUGAGGCGGCAGGGCGGCCGGAGGCGGCGGAGCAGGGGGCAGCUGAUGAGGAGAAAGAGGAGGAGGGGAAGGAGGAGGCGGAUGAAGGCGAGGCUGUCAAGGAGCAGGAGGAAGCGGAGGAGGGCGGCAAAGGCGAAGGUGCUGCGGAGGGUGCGGAGGAGAAGGUGGAGAAGCAAGAGGAGGAGGAGGCCGUAGCAGCGCAGGCGGAGUCAGGGACUCCUGCGCCGGUUUCGGAGGAGAUGGGAGGCGCCGUGGUGGAGGCGGCGGCGGAGGAGGAGAAUGGGAAUGAGGAGGAAGAAGAGGAGGAGGAGGAGGCUCUGACGCCUGAUGAGGCGGUGGAUGUGGAGGCUGUUCGGAGGGGUGUGGAGGCGGAGGCGCGUGCUCGGGCAGAUGCGGAGAAGGAGGGGGCUGUGCUGAAGCUGCAGGAUGCUUUGGAUGGUCUUCGCGCGAGCACUGUUGUACAGGCCAUGAAGACCUUGGUCGGCAAGGUGACGGCGGCUGCCGCUGACGACGCCCCAGACGCCGGCACGCGGCUGCUUGCCAUUGAGUACCUCUUCCGCGAUGCUGCUGCCGCGCCGACUGGCGUCGCGCUGGCAGGUGCCGUCGCCGACGCCGUCGCCAAGCUGACGGCGGCGGACCGUACGGCACUGGACGCUGCGUCGGCAGCGGCCGUUCUCCGGCUAGAGACCGCAGCCGCCAGGGUCAAACUGACGGCUGACACCGCAAAGCUCGAUAUGGGCCCUGGCUGCUCAGAAGUACUGCGCCGUACAGACGCCUGGCUGGCGGAGCAGCAGGAGGCGGUAGUCGCGGCGGCGGAGCGAGCGGCGGCGCGCGCUGCCAAGGCUGAAGCGGCUAAGGCCGCGGCGGAGGCCGCCGCUGCCGCCAAGGCAGAGGCGGCGGCGGAGAGCGAGGCUACGGCAGACUUGGAGACGCCGGCGCCGGCGGAUGGCGCAGCUGAGGAGGGUGAGGCGGCAGAGGCGGCGGAGGCGGAGACGAAGGCGGCGGAGGGGGAGGUGGCGGAGGCGGAUCCGGAGCAAACGCAGGUGGCUCCUGAGGAAGGGAAACAGGCGGAAGAAGAGGAGGAGGAAGCUGGUCCAGCGGGGAAUCCUGUACGGCUGGCGGAGGGCCGUACAUUGGUUUCAGAGCUGUUGGCUGAGGGGCUGGUGCUGCUAGAGCUUCCAGCGCCUUCCAACAAGAAGUUGCAGCUCACCAACAAGCCCGACGUUGCCGUACAGGAGGUGGUUGGUCAGUUGGGCCCUAUUGGCGGUUCCGUGGACGCCCGAGUGGGUCAGGUGGCGGAGGAGGCCGACCGGGAGAAACUGCUACAGGUUCGCGCCAAUGCCAUGUCGAUCUAUUCGGCGCUGACCGCGUUUUUGCGUUUGGAGACCGAAACCUGGGAGAGCGCCAAAUCGGACGUGGAGCAGGCUAAGAAGGCGGUGUUCGGCAUCAAGAUUGAGCGCCGCGCGGAGAGUCUUGCGGCGGCAAUGGAGGCUUGUGGCGGGGUUUCGGAGCGGUGUGCAGCGCUGGCCCGCGCGGUGCUGGGUCUGAGCACUGCGGAGGGUCGUACGGCGGCUGUGGAGGCCAAGGCGGCCCUGCAGGGAACCGCGGAGCUGGCCCAGGCUCUCUCCGCGGCCCUCAACGACUAUAUCUCCUACGUGCGGUUAAGAGAGCACGCUCUGGGCAUCCCCAUCACCGCAAAGGCCGAGCUGGAUGAGGAGUGCGAGCUCAGUCUCCCCACCCUGGACGAGAUGACGUCGCGCCACGGGGAGGAUGCCGUGUGGCUGGACCUUGCGGGGCUGGGGCUACCGCCGGUACCCGCGGAGGACGAGGAGGAGGCGGAGGAGGAGGGCGGCGAGGAGGCGCGGCGUGAAGCCGAGGCGGCGCAUGAGCGGGCAGUGGAGGAGCUCCAACAGCGCCUGAACGACUGGCACACGACGGGACUGAGGUUGCUGGCGCGGGGCCAGGCAGCGUUGGUGACCCUGGGAGGUAAAUUACAGUCGUCACAGUCGCCACGGACGCCUUUCGGUCUCUCUGUGGACGGAAGCAGCGGAGACGGUGGUGAGCUGCGACUGACUGCCGACCUAGGUCUCCCCUCCGCUAAGAGCUUGGUGCAGCUGGGGGCGGAGAAGGUGGCGAGGCUGCAGCUGCUGGCGGCGGAGAGCGUGAGUGGCCCCAACAGCGGAGUGGCUUACCCCCUGCACUGGUAUUUGCUGGUGCCGCCCGCGUCAGUGGGUCACCUGAAGGCCUUUUUCGAGGAGAAGGACUUCUUCGGGUUGCUUCCCAGCCAGGUACAUGUGUACGGCAACUUAGUACGCCCGCCACUGAUGAACGAGGAGUUCAAGGUGGUCCUUGAUUCAUCGGGAUGCCGUACGGCGCGCAGCCAGCCAGGCAGUGGUGAGGUGUUUUUGGCCCUACGCCGCUGCGGCGCCCUCUCCCACAUGCGGCGAGUUGGUAUCCGCUGUCUCGAGGUGGACUGCGUGGAGGACAACCUGCUGGGCCGCCCGCUGGACCCCGCCUUCCUGGGGGCCUGUGCCGCCACCGCCAUUGACUCCGCGGCCAAGGUUGCCGUACCGGGGGUGCAGACGGAGGGCCCUUCGGCGCUUCCGGAGCUCUACUCGCGCUAUUUGGAGCUUCUGGGCGGCUCGUCGCCGCUGUUGGCAACCCUGGGCGACGCCGUACCCGCACUCGGGUCGUACUACUUUUCCAUGGAUUUUGUACGGCGGGUUGACAAGCUGCUACGGGAUCAGCCUCUGGCGCUGUACCGGCUGGCGCCGGCGGACAAGGUACCGACCCGUGGGACGGCUGCUGCCGCCGCUGCCAAGUCCGGCGGCGGCGCUGCUGCGGCGCCAGCUGCUCCUGGCGGUGGCGCGGCGGGCUAUCGUUUGGAUCGGCGUCUGUCUGACUUCGCGUCUCCCGCGAUCGGACGGCUGCUGGGAGGUCGGGUGCACCUCGCCAUGGUGGCGGUGGACGCGGGUACUGAGUUCGCACCCGUGUGGGGUACGGCACCCUUCUACCGUACCGCCUCUCCCAGGGCCGCUGUGGAUGCAUUGCUGCUGCAACAGACAAGGUGGGUGGAGGACAGCGGUGGCGCGCUGGCGGAUGAGGAGGAGGGUGUGGUGGAGGUCAGCCCCCUCGUGUCGUACGCCGGGGAGGGUCUGGGCCCGCUGGUGGAGGGCAAGACGUUCGAGGAGGCGUAUGUGCACGAGCUGCAGGGCUUCGCGGCGGAGUCCACGGGAAGUGCGUCUAACGUGGGGAUUUGGGCGGUGCCGGCGCUCGUCCUGUACGGCGGUGUAACGGCUGCGAAGCUGCUUAGCAAGGUCUGCGGACUGCCGGUCGGUGGACUGCCGGCAGUGCCCGGGUAGCGUGCUCAGGUGCUGUGUUACCAAUCUGAUUUGUGGAAGCCCUUACCGCCUCCAGACAGCCUUGGUGACGUUUUGGAGUUUCGGACUUUUUCGGAUUCGAAAUUCGGAUUUAGCUUUUGCUCCUGGGGGUGGAGCGCUACACGCGAAGGUGGACAGAAAGGAUUAUAUGCCGCUCCUUUUCCUGACGUGUCUGGUGCUACUGCUGGUGGUGGUGGUGGUAGCUGUAGAGUCUCUUGCGGUGAUGCCAGGGAUGUGACUUUUAGAAGAGCUGGUUUGCUGCUUCGCGGGGUUGUUCUUGAUCGUUGUCCUCGUUGCAAUAUCCCCCCCUAACUCUUUUCAAGAGUUUGUUUGCGGUGGGGGCUCCUUCCGCAGCCUGCGGCCUUUUUUUCGUCGAUUCGGCCAUCUUCCGACGUGGUUGCGGAGCCCAAUGGUGCCGUACCGUAACUGCUCCUUAAAAUUGGUAUUAAU